GUCACGCUGGUUGAUUGUCUUACCAAUCGCGUUGGCGGAAAGCCUGUCCUCCUUAAUUACUGCCGCAUUCUAGUUCAGCAGGCUGUACAAGAACUUUCAACCUCAGUGGAAGAGAGUACCCCUGCUAGCACACUAACGUUUAACCGCGAAGGUUUUGUCCGCCAUUUGGAAACACUUUCUCGCAUAUUCUCCAGGCUGGCAGCUGUGCAGUCUUUGGCUGCCAAGGCAAAGGCUUCUGCCGCAACGAGUGAUCGCACAUCGGAGAACUGCCCAGAGCCAAUCGGUCAGCCGUAUUUGCGGCCCUUUGUCUUCACUCUGGCCGACGUGAAUGACUCCAUCUUCUCAGUUCUCUCUGCCUCUGAGGAACCCGCAGUUCAGCGACUCCUUUCGCAGCUUAUUUUGGACUACAUGCGUGUUCUGAAGGAGAACUCGCUGCCUGUAGACACCAUGUUGGAUGAACUCCUAGUCUCCAGCAUAGUCAAAGCGGGUGACUUCUGUCGGCUUGUGCACUGCGUCCAAUCGCACACACUGACGAACUCAACACAUAUUGUCUUUCAGCUGCUGGCUCUUGAAUCAACCUUCCCUCCAGCCGGUCAGUUAGCUCUGGAUAUGCUUCAGGUAAGAAGCACUCUUCGUUUUUUCGCCUUUGUCUGCUCCUGCCUACAUUAA